AAAGUCCAACUUCAUACGAAGUCUGGGGAUUUACUCAAAGUUUCUAAUUUAAAAAUGAUACACUCUUUCCGAUCUACAUUACUUCACCAACUUUUAUUUUAUAUACUUUUUUUAAAUGGCCUUAUAAGUGAUAUACAGUCAAGCUAAAUCUAAGCAGACGAAAAAUUAUGAAUGACCAGAGUCCCAAAAGCAACCGGCCCAUGACUCAUUAGCUCCUAUAAACUAUUUUCAAUAAGCAUUCAAAAUAUAUAUAUAAAAAUAUAAAUACAUAAAUGAAUAAAGAGCCAGGAAAUAAACUAGGCUCUUACGUUUAUGUUACAAUCUUUAGUCUAUGCACCUUCUGAAAGUGGCAAGCUUACAUGAAUGGCUUCGUCACAGAGCCCCUAAGACUAUCAAAAAAUUGUACAAUUUGGCAAUAGUCUUUGUUUGUUUCUGUAAGAGUACGAUACACAAAUAUGGUUAGUUCUAAUGGGUGGCAUUCUAUGACCAUGGUUUUUUUUUUCUGAAUCUUUGGUAAUAAGGCUAAGGUUAAAGGGAGUUAGCCUCUUUAUGACCUUAAGCACUAUCACCAAUAUUGGUCUAUUGUGCAAUGCCCAUUAUUAUCUAGAGCUUUUCGUUAAUCUUCAGACUUUUUAUGGUGUGACAUUAAAUUUAAACAAUGUUUGUAAAUCCCAGGCCCUGAAGAUGAUUUCAAUAAAGAUCGAAACAUUGGCACGAUAAAGAAAAUGUUUUUCUAAAACCUACAUAACACCAGACCGCAUCUCACAAUCUCCGAAUAAGCUUUGUUAAGUAUUGUUCAAGCAUUGAUCUUCUUCUUGGUUGUAGAUAGUCUACAUAGGUCAUUGCGCCAAAAAAAUACAUAGAUCACUGUUUCUUCUUCUUCUUCCUGACAAUACUCUCUUACUCCUGUUCCUUCUUGGGUUAUAGAUACCCCUGUGCCGUUCUUAAAGAAGGUGCCGUUUUCUCUCUUUCCCAUUCUUUUUUGGUACCUAGGUUUAUUUGGAAGUUUUGAUUAAAUUCAAACAUCCUGUUCAUGAUGUCUCUUGGUACCAUGAGUGUUGGACGGUCAUUCAUUAUGUUGUUGCUAUAUGUCCAUUUUAGUUUUAUUCCUGUUGAUGGUUUCCCUUUAUCCUCAUUAUCCCGUGGUGUAGAGAGAUUAAUCCCAAUAUCUUCACACCAACUAUGGCAUAUGUUCUCAUUGCUCCCGUUAUACGAUGCAUGCAAGUCUGUAGUUUUGUGAGUUCUUUUCGUUUUGUUAUUAUUUUGUUCUGCCCAUGCUAUGGCUCCGUUUGUAAGUCUUACAUACGGUUUACACCCAAUGCAGGGUUUCCGGUCUCUGCAUCGCUAAUUUUGUCCCAUUAUUCUUCUGCACACCAUCAGAGCUCAUGUCGCCUUCAUCAUGGUGAAGCCUAUGUUCCUUAAAUUCAUUAUGUUGUUGCUAUAUCUCCAUUUUAGUUUUAUUCCUGUUGGAGGUUUCCCUUUAUCCUCAUUAUUACGUGAUGUAGAGAGAUUAAUUCCAAUAUCUUCUCCACACCAACUAUGGGAUAUGUUCUCAUUGCUCCCGUUAUACGAAGCAUGCAAGUCUGUAGUUUUGUGAGUUCUUUUCGUUUUGUUAUUAUUUUGUUCUGCUUUAUUGGCCCAGGCUAUGGCUCCGUUGUAAGAAUAGGUCUUACAUAUGGUGUACAUCCAAUGCAUGGUUUCCGGUCUGGUCUGCAUCCCUAAUUUUUUCCAUUAUUCUUCUGCACACCAUCAGUGCUCAUGUUGCCUUCAUCGUGGUGAAGACUAUGUUCCUUAAAUGACAGUUUUCAUCUAGUGUGACGCCUAGAUAUUUGGCCUAUUUUUUACACAGUAUUAUUGCAUGUUAUUUGCCUCAUGUGAUCAAAUUUCCUUUUCCGUAUAAAAUGUCACAGAGGAUUUCCACGAAUUUUCCCCUGGCGGCCAGGACUAUAUCAACCCCAAAGCCCUGACACUUAUCCCUUUACGGUCCAUCGUUUCGACUUUUGAGCAGUUCGUUAACUAUUAGGCUCCGUAGAAGAGGUGAUAGUACCUCUCCUUGUGACAUCCUUUGGUUGUGCUGACUUGUAUAGUGUAUCUUCCUGUGCGUUUGUGUUCAUGUGUGAUGUAAUGAUUUAAGAAAUAAAGAUAAUGUUUCGAUAUAAAGCUUAUCUUUCGAACCGAGGUCUGACCAAUUUUUCCCCCUCAUCCUUUAUCUUCGUGUAAUCAAAAUGAUUUGUGUCAUACAGUACAGGAUAAUCCCGCCCAAUUUCAAUUAAAGUUUCGUCACGUUCCAUCAUUUCUGCAUACACACGAUCUGAAGGACACACGAAAUCUGUGUGGUUCUCGCAAACGAACCACUGGUUGAAGUCAAACUGGGCUGGCCCUGGCAGUGGAGUGGGUUCAAUUCGCGCCGCAUCACUGUUUCACAGAAGAACCCACCUGUUCUGUCCGUGGAGUUGGUUCAAUUUGCGGCGGGCCAUAAUCAAGUCAAUUGGACUAAUUUCAACUGGACUGAAUAAUUGUCGUAACGAUAAGCGGGACCCGUUUUAUCUGCAUGUUUGGUUUGGUUUUGGUGGGGCAGGGAGUAAUUAUGACUACUCUGACCCUCGAGUACUCACUCCCACGUCGCACCAGUGAGUAGUGACCAGUUGCAGCCGACACGGGCAAAAGCUUUCAGCAGUUUUAAGUCUCAAGUCCCAAGACCCAUUAAGGCCGAGAUGAGAAUCUGUAUAAUUGGAUUUGGCGCUGCAGGUAUAACAGCUGCCAGAUAUGCCUCGGUAGAACAUGAGUGUACUGUAUUCGAACAGACGGACAAGCUUGGAGGCACUUGGGUGUACACCGAGGAUGUCGGCAGAGAUGAAUACGGUCUCCCAAUUGUUACGAGUAUGUACAAAAACCUCAAGACCAACCUGCCAAAAGAAAUCAUGGGGUACACGGACUUCCCUGUUCCCGGGAGUGACAGAUCUUAUCUUAUGUCGAAAGAGGUCUUGAACUUCCUUGAGUCGUACGUUGACCGUUUCGAUUUGAUGAGAUUUGUUAAGAUCGGUUGGCAGUUUAGGCAAGUCGUACAGAUGGUCAGACCACUUGACACGGGAUGGAAAGUUUCUGUCAAAGAUUUGACGGCGGAGAAGGAAGAAGAAUACAUAUUUGACAUUGUGUUCAUUUGCAAUGGGCACUACCAUACACCGAUGUAUCCACAAAUUCCAGGCAUGAAAUCGUUCACUGGAGAACAGUUGCACAGCCAUGAUUAUAGGCGGCCAGAUCAUUUUUUAGGAAAACGAGUCCUUGUCAUUGGAGCUGGGCCAUCUGGUACAGAUAUUUCUUUGGAUCUGUCAACCGUUGCAGACAAGGUUAUUCUUAGCCGGCGUAACCAUGAGAUUGAUCUAAAAAAUGUUUUUCCUUCCAAUGUGGAAAUGAAGUUUGAAGUAAAGGAAAUCAAUGGAAGCACUGCAAUAUUUCAAGACAGAACUCACGUCGAAGUUGACGUGAUAAUGUAUUGUACCGGGUAUUAUUACAGUUUCCCCUUCUUGCACCAGUCCUGUGGUGUAAAAGUCAAAGACAAUUAUAUUACACCUUUAUACAAGCACAUGAUCAACAUAAACCAUCCGACUAUGGUUUUCAUUGGAAUCCCUUACAGAACUGUGAUCUUCCCCAUGUUCGAAAUUCAGAUAAGGAGUUUUUUAAACAUGUUGAAAAAUGAUAACUUCCCGUCCAAAGAUGAAAUGUUGCAAGACAUGGCAAAAAGAGAAAGAACGAUAGAAGAUCAAGGCUUUCCUAAAAAAAGGUGCCACAUGAUUGCAGAUUAUGUACGACGAUAUUUUCAAGAGGUGGCCGAAAUGGGAAAAGUCGAGCCGAUACCAGAUGUGAUAUUCGACAUUUUUGAAAGGGCUUCUGCAAAAAGAAAAAACCAUCUUCUCACUUAUAGAAAUGAAGUCUUUUCGUUCGACACUCUAAAGGGAUUCACUGUAAAAACAAUCGAUUAAAGGAUCUUUUUGAGCAACGAAAUCAUUGUUUAUUAAUUAAGACCUGUUAAUUUUGGCAGAAGUUGUUGCAAUAGUAUAAGAGCAUAAAAACUUUAUUGCUUCAAUUUGAUCACCAUUUCUCGACUGAGUACUGAAAAAAGGCGAUGAAUAUCACAAAGGAUCAGCAAACAAACCGCACAGAUGAGCAGCAAGGCACAGAGCAAUAAAUCUUUGGGGCCUCUUGAUUUUGGAAGAAACUAGGGUAAUUCUGUAUAUAUAAAUUUUUUGUUUAUUGCAAGUAAUCUUAUUAUUGUAUACAUACUAAAUUUGAUAGUAAAUAAUUUAACUUGUUUUGUUAGAAUGUAUUUAUGUGUAUGGUACAAGAGCGUCGUUGGUGGAAUAUCAAGUACCCUUCGGCCUUCCGUUAGACUAAGUAUUAUAUAUAUAAUGUUGCUUAUAUGUGUGAUAAACGUGAUGGAGAAAUAUCUAGUACUCCCUGUACUAGCAUUCAGUAGUACUCUCAGAAAAUGUAUUCCAAAAAAAAAGUGAGAGGACAAAUAGUACAAACUUUUAGUAAUAAAGACUGGUGUUCCCCAGGGAAGCACCCUAAGACCAGUUCACUUUACACCAGUCUGUGUUUCUUCCCCUGUUGAGAAAUCUAUUUGUGAUGGUGUGAAUCGUGCAGAACAAUUUGCAUAAUGACAGUUGUGAGCGUAAAAAAAAUCUAACUUAUCACCAAGUAUACCAAGAAGAAAAACGACUUAAUAACUUUUUAUGUUGUUUUUCUUUAUUGUGGCUUUUCUUUAUAAAUAAAAAAUAGUACCUAUUUUUAUCUAUCUUGUAUUUUUUACAACUUGUGUUUAUAAAAAAUUUUUGUUUACAAAAGAGCAGCAAUCCAUUUCGAGGCUCUGUCCCUCCACCUUAUCAGGCAGAUUCUCUGUGGAGUAGACUUUUUGUUACUUGUUUGUAUAAAAUCAGAAAAUUUGUCUGAUGAAUGGGAUGGUCAAUGCCCUGAAAUGCAUUGCAGUCCUUUUGUAAAUAAGGAAAAUAAAAUAAGUUGAAAAAAUACAAGAUAGGCAAAUAAAAAACUGGAAAGAAGUUUAGGGUAUGCAAUAACUUUUGGCUCUUCCUGAUUGUCCAGGUCUGAUUUGGUUUGUCAGUGAGGAUGGUCACAUAUGACCAAAUUACAUGCUUAAUAAAUUAAACUUAAUGACAACUUUUUUACAAUCAACUAAUUAUUUUCAAAUGAUAAAAUUUUACACACAUGUGUUUAAAAGUAAAUUUUCUGGAAAGGAUAGUAGUAUUAACUUUAAAUUGAUUGUUCAAUAUAACUGUUUGUUUUGGUAAUUGAUUAGGAAAGUUUUUAUUUUGAACGUCCUACAUUUAUUUACAACUUACUAACAGUGUCUAAUAUGGAAAACAAGCUGAGCAGUAGUGACGAUGAAACAGAAGACACUGAUUCAAACACAGAAGAAUCAAAAGAUGAAAAAAUUGAAGAGAGAUUGGACCUUUGUGACAACAUGGUCACUUCAAGUAUUAAAACAGAAUUGCCAUCUGCAUUGCGCCAAGCGCCGUCUUUUUUCAAUUUGUACGAACUGGCUGACAAAGGCAUUACAAAAGAGGUCGUGAUCGCUGAGAAGCAGGAAAAAUCAUUAGUCGUGUAUGAAUCGGUCGGAGAAGAAGAGUCCAUAAAGGAAAAAGAGCUUAAAACAUUGUCAGAAGAAUCUAUAGUAGUAGAAAAAGAACGGAAGGAAACUGUUUACUCUAAAAAAUCAAUAAUUACUCACUUAAAACCUAGAUGGAGGUCGAUAACAAGGAGAGUCACACCAAUCAUACCACCGAGAAAGUACAUAAUCAAUUAUACUGAUGAAAUGCUUUCUCAUGAUGACAGACAGUGCUACCCGUAUUUCAACUAUUUAAAGAAAAUGCUUGGAAAUGGACUUGUAAAAGGAACAGCACGAAUGGAUACAGACAAAGAUUCCUGCCCUUUUGAAUACUGAAUAAAUGAUUUUAAUGGAGA